AUGACAUCAAAUAGCAUAAUUGAAAUAUCUUCAAUCAUUAGUUUUAUUAAUGACACUAAAAUAUUUUCCAAGGACGAAAACUCAUUUGAAUGUAGUUAUGUGGUAAACUUUAAUUAUUUACAUGAUGUAUGCAUAUUAAGUGGUCAAGUACAUGCCAGUAUGAAAAAUAGAUUGUAUGAUGUUAAGUUAAUUUUUAAAAUACUGCUUCAAUAUCUUUACUGUAAAGUAUCUAUAUCAUGUAGCUGGUCAAAAAAGUCUGUUCAAGCCAAUGAAGAUGUUUAUACUAUUGAUGACUUGUAUACCAAUAAUUUUAAAGCAGUCACAGAUACCCAAAAUGUAGAUUUCAAAACCUUAUGCUUAAGGAAACUAUUAGCUGUACAGCAAACUGUAGGAUUUACAUGGUUACUAAGUACAGAACCUCCUGUUGAAGAUUAUAGCGAUAUUUUGAUUUUAGAACAUGCUAUUAAUUCUGAAGAGUUUAGUACUUCUCAAAAUCGCAGACUUAUGUUGUCAGAGGCAUGCAAGUUAUCUGCUGUAAAUAUUAAACACAUAUUAUCAAAAACUAUUGGACAAGCUGAAAAUAUUAAGUGGUGUCUAUAUCGUAACUUUAAGUUAACUUCUAAUAACUUCCAUAGAAAUACUUUUAAAUUUUCAUCAUGA